AUGUCAGCACCACUUGUACUUCUACCGGGAGAUGAAGUGCCCAGUGACCAUCUACCAAGCAACAACUCGAACCCUCUCAAAUUAGGCCCAGGCCUUCGUCUUCUGUCGCAACCAUCAUCAAAGUCCGCCAACACUCACGGUCAGCAUGUCUUGACAGCAACCCAAGCUGGUGUUUUGACUACUGAUGCGAAGCGCAACACUGUCUCGCUGCUGUCAUUUUCCAAUCGCCGGUACAUUCCCACCGUCAACGACCUUAUCAUCGCCCAAAUUCACCACUCCAGUGUGGACUACUUCCACUGCAUGGUGACACCCCACACAGCACAUGCACUUUUGGGUCAGCUUUCGUUUGAGGGCGCCACAAAGAAGACAAGACCUAUGCUCAGGCAAGGUGAUCUUGUCUAUGCGCGCGUUCUGUCCAUUGGUCUUGGUGCGGGCGCCGAAGUCGAAUUGACUUGCGUCAACCCAGCCACCGGCAAGUCCGAGCCUGGGGGGUUGGGUCCGCUGAACGGCGGCAUGGUCUUCGAUGUGUCUACCGGUAUGGCCGCUCGUCUACUUCGGGCAAGUUCGUCCUCUUCCGAGCAGAGUGAGUCAAUUGACGGGCUCGUGGUUCUUUCUGAGCUAGGAAAGAAGCUUGAAAGCCUUGGUGGAUUUGAGAUUGCCGUGGGUCGCAACGGCAAGGUCUGGGUUGAUUGCUCAAAUGCAGGAGAGAGUGCCAUCAAAGCGACGAUCGCGAUUGGGCGUUGCCUACAAACCGUCGAUGAGAAAAGCCUCGGCCCAGCUGAUCAGAAAAAGUUUGUGACAAGAGUUCUGCGUGAGAUGAAGUUGGCAUCAUAA